AUCCACCACCGCUCAUCUCACCAACCCCAUCUGUCUCCCUCCUGGCAAGCACUGCAGCAGCAGCUCUCCUGCAUCCCCCGCCAUGCUGCGCGACAUCGCCGCCAGCUCCCGGGGACCAUCCGCGCCGUCAUGACCAACCGCUCCCCUUCGGCCUCCGGGCUGCUGCCCAUGCCCGGCGCGCCAUCGUCGUCGUGGGCGGCCUACUCGGCUCGCAUGGCCGCCCUGGCCCGCCACCCGGACACCAAGGUCCUCAUCGCCUUCUGGCUGCUCGGCCUCAUCAACAAUGUCCUCUACGUCAUCAUCCUCUCCGCCGCGCAGGACCUCGUCGGCACCCUCCCCAAAGGCAUCGUGCUGCUGGCCGACGUCGUCCCGUCCUUCUUCGUUAAGCUCAUCGCGCCCUACUUCAUCCACCGCGUGCCCUACCGCGUGCGCGUCCUCGUCUUCAUCGCCCUCUCCGCCGCGGGCAUGCUCAUGGUCGCCCUCACCCCGCCCUCGCGCUCCGUCGCCGUCAAGAUGGUCGGCGUCGUCCUCGCCAGCCUCAGCAGCGGCGGCGGCGAGCUCAGCUUCCUCGGCCUGUCCCACUACUACGGCCACGUCAGUCUUGUCGGCUGGGGCUCCGGCACUGGCGCCGCGGGGCUCGUCGGCGCCGGCCUCUACGUCGUGCUGACCGAGUGGUGGCGCCUCGGCGUCCGCGACAGCCUGCUCUUCUCGGCGUGCUUGCCGGCCAUCAUGUUCGUGAGCUUCUUCUGGAUCCUGCCGCAUGAUCCGAUGCAGCGCGGUCCGGGCCACAAGGACUACGAGACCGUGCCGGAUGACGACCUGGCCCAGGACGAGGUCGACGAAAUGGCCCCCGGCGCGGCGUCGUCGGCGCUCCUCGCCCCAGGUCUGUCGAGCACGCACGCCGCAUAUUCGGCGCACGCUGCGCACCAAAGCUCGCUUCGGAAGAACCUGAAACGGGCCAGAGCGCUUUUCGUCCCGUACAUGGCGCCCUUGCUGCUCGUGUACGUCGCCGAAUACACCAUCAACCAGGGCGUUGCGCCGACGCUGCUCUUCCCGGUCGAUCAGUCGCCGUUUAGGGAACUCCGGGGCUUCUACCCCUUUUACGGCUUUCUCUACCAGCUCGGCGUUUUCAUCUCCCGGUCAUCAACGCCAUUUCUGCGCAUCCAUCGCUUGUACAUACCGUCCUUUCUCCAGAUCGGCAACCUCGUGCUCCUCACCCUCCACGCGCUUUACUACUUUAUCCCCUCCGUGUACAUCAUCUUCGUCAUCAUCUUUUGGGAGGGCCUGCUCGGCGGCGCCGUGUACGUCAACUGCUUCGCCGAGAUCAUGGAGAACGUGCCCGCCGAGGAGCGCGAGUUUAGCCUCAGCGCCACGACGGUGAGCGACAGCGCGGGCAUAUGCAUCGCCGGCUUGGUCGGCAUUGUCAUGGAGACGAGCCUGUGCGAUUACCAGGUUGCGCACGGGCGAGACUGGUGCCGGCAGAUCAAGGUGCGCCAUGAUUGAGCACGACACAAGAGGGUGGCGCUGGCUGAUUUGAUGCACCUGGUGUAUUAUACUGCUUGGAUUUUGGAGCAAGUAGGUAGCGGGCAUAUUUUGAAUUUACGGUAUUUCGAUU